CAUCUGUCUGUCCUUCCUCCUCUCGCUCGUCUUCCUCGCUCUCCCAUCCUGCACUGCUGCCUUCAGAUCUCCCUCUCUCUCCCUCUCUCUCUCUCGUUUGGCGCUGUCAGACGGAGGGACAGAAGAGUGAGAGGAGGGAGGACAGACAGAUAGAUGAAAGAGAGAGAGACUGAGAAUGAGUGUGUGAGUGAAGAUGUGUGUGUGUGGAUGUGUGUGAGUGUGUGUGUGUGUGGAUAUGGACUGUCUCUGCAUCGUCACAACCAAGAAGUAUCGUUACCAAAAUAAUGAGACUCCACCCACUGACCCCAGCCCUGGUCACGUGACGCACGGACGCAGCAGUGAACUGACACACGCACACCUGGACGGCUACACGCACCCUGCCGCGGUCACUAUGAACGGAUCAGAAGGAGAGCUGGAGUACGAAGAGAUCACGCUGGAGAGGGGGAACUCUGGUUUAGGGUUCAGCAUCGCAGGAGGAACUGACAACCCGCACAUCGGAGACGACCCGUCCAUCUUCAUCACCAAGAUCAUCCCCGGAGGAGCCGCAGCCCAGGACGGACGCCUCCGGGUCAACGACAGCAUCGUGUUCGUCAAUGACGUGGACGUGCGUGAGGUCACUCACUCCAUCGCCGUGGAAGCACUGAAGGAGGCGGGGCCUGUGGUCAGGCUGUACGUGCUCCGGCGACGCCCACCGAGUGAACGCAUCACACAGAUCAAACUCGUGAAAGGCCCUAAAGGUCUGGGUUUCAGUAUAGCGGGGGGCGUGGGAAACCAACAUGUUCCUGGAGACAACAGCAUCUACGUCACCAAAAUCAUUGAGGGUGGCGCAGCACACCGUGACGGACGGCUACAGAUAGGAGACAAAAUACUGGCUGUGAACCACAUGUCUCUGGAGGAUGUCCUUCACGAGGACGCUGUGUCAGCUCUGAAGAAUACAGGGGAGGUGGUCUACUUAAAGGUGGCCACGCCCACCUCACAGUACAUCCACCCCUCUGAGCGCUACAGCCCCCCCAACCUGACCAGCUCCUACAUGGAACCGGACUACAUGUGUGAUUACCCACAAGCCCUGCCCCCUCCGUCGCCACGGCGAUACUCACCUAUCCCUCGUGGCAUGAUGGGAGAUGAUGACUAUUCCAGGGAGCCCCGCCGGGUGUGUGUCCAACGGGGGUCAACCGGUCUGGGAUUCAACAUUGUUGGUGGCGAGGACGGAGAAGGAAUCUUCAUCUCAUUCAUCUUGGCAGGAGGACCAGCUGACCUCAGCGGGGAACUAAGAAAGGGGGACCAGAUCCUCAGUGUGAACGGCGUGGAUCUCAGGUAUGCCACACAUGAACAGGCAGCGGCGGCGCUGAAGAACGCCGGACAGACUGUUACCAUAGUAGCACAGUACAGACCAGAGGAGUACAGUCGCUUUGAAGCAAAGAUCCACGACCUGAGGGAGCAGAUGAUGAACAGCUCGUCUGGAAGCCUGAGAGCCAGCCGCAGCUUCUACAUCAGGGCUUUGUUUGACUACGAUAAGCAAUGGGACUGCGGCGUCCUGUCACAAGCUCUGGACUUUAACUUUGGGGAUGUGCUUCAUGUGAUGGACAGCGCGGACGACGAAUGGUGGCAGGCCAGACGGCUGAACCAGCAGGGGGAGCUGGAGGAGCUGGGAUACAUCCCAUCCAAACACAGAGUGGAGAGGAAGGAAUGGACACGGCUGAAAAACAAAGGUCGAGAAGGUUUCCUUCACAGCUAUGAGCUUGUCACGCAGAUUGAAGUGGACUACGCCCGACCCGUUAUCAUUCUGGGUCCAACCAAAGACCGGGUCAACGAUGACCUACUGUCCGAGUUCCCUGACAAGUUUGGCUCCUGCGUCCCUCACACGACUCGCCCUCGGCGGGACUAUGAGGUCGAUGGGCGCGACUACCACUUUGUGUCAUCACGGGAACAAAUGGAGAGGGACAUCCAGUCCCAUCGCUUCAUCGAGGCGGGUCAGUACAACAACCACCUGUACGGGACGUCGGUGCAGAGCGUGAGACAGGUGGCUGAACAGGGGAAACACUGCAUCCUGGAUGUAUCAGCGAACGCAGUGAGGAGGCUGCAGGCAGCUCAGCUCCACCCCAUCGCCAUCUUCAUCCGACCGCGAUCACUGGAAAACAUUCUGGACUUGAACAAGCGUCUGUCGGAGGAUCAGGCGAGGAAAGCUUUGGACCGAGCCCUCAAACUGGAGCAGGACUUCAUUGAGUGCUUCACAGCCAUCGUGCACGGGGACAGUUUUGAAGAAGUCUACCACCUGGUCAAAGCCGUCGUCGAGGAGCAGAGCGGUCCCUAUAUCUGGGUCCCUGCCCGCGACAGACUCUGAUUGGUUGCUGCCAGCCACGCCCCCACCCCCAGUGUCACCUGACAGAAGAAUGGAGGCUCUUUCUUUUCUUUUUAAAUUUUUUUUCCUCUUUGGACGCUGAUGAGAAAACGCAGUGGGACAGAUGGACACUGUCACCACAGCAACCAGAGGACAGAGAGAGGUUUUUAUAUUUAAAUCUUCUUUUCACGCCUCACAGGCCGACAGACUGAUCAUCAAUAAAUUAUAUAUUAUCAGUGAAUAUUGACUGACAGAGAGCUGUAGAGGUCAGGUGGUAAUUAUUUAUUUAAAUUAUAUGCUGUGAGUGUGUGUGUGUGUGUGUGUGUGUGUGUGUGUGUGUGUGUGUGUGUGUGUGUGUGUGUGUGUGUGUGUGUGUGUGUGUUGUACAUACAGACGUGUGUGACUGUAAAUAAAACGAUGGGGCUCAAACACACAGUCUAUUCAGGGCUUAAAUGAAACCAACACUGGACUCCAACUCCCACA